AUGAAGAAACCUGUGCAGAAAGACAAUCAGAAAGAUCAUCCAAAUGAAAAGAAAAAGGAUAAUAAGAAAGUGGAUAAAAAGGAAUCUCUUAAGGGUAAGGAAGAAUCAGAGAAUGUGCCUAGAGAUGUCAAAACGGGUUCUUCAAAUUCCACUCAGGCAACAUCUCAACAUAGUAAUGAGAAGGUUGUUCCAAAGAGUUCUCAGAGUGACGCGAAGAAUAGUAUUCCUUCAAAGGAUGUGCAGAAGGAAUCGCAGCCAUCUCAACAGCAACAGCAACCUCCCAAGCAGCAACAGCCCACUCAACAGCAACCUCCUAAACAGCAACAGCCUGCUCAGCAGCAGCAACAACCCGCUCAGCAACGGCAGCCUGCUCAGCAACAGCAACAGCAGCAACAGCAACAACAACAACCUAAACAGCAACAACCCACUCAACAACAACCUCCUAAACAACAACAGCCCACUCAACAACAACCUCCCAAACAACAACAGCCUGCUCAGCAGCAGCAACAACAACCUGCUAAACAACAACAACCUGCUAAACAACAACAACAAUCUAUCCAGCAACCUGUUCAGCAGCAGCCUGCUCAACAACAGCAACCUCCCAAACAACAACAACAACCCCCCAAGCAGCAACAAUCUGCUCAGCAACCUGUUCAACAACCUCCUAAACAAUCUGCUCAGCAAUCUGUUCAGCCCCCUAAACAACCUCCCAAGCAGCAACAAUCUGCUCAGCAGCCGCAGCAGCAGCCUCCCAAGCAGCCGCAGCAGCAGCCAUCCGCCCAGCCACCGCUGAAGGAAAGCCAGUCCGAGCCACGAAAGGAAGCAGCUCCGAGAACAACGCAUCCCCUCCAAGCGGGAACAGAAAAGCCUACCUAUCCGUCGCAAUCUCCCGCCCCCAAGCCCCAGUACUCGAACUCCCAGAAGAAUCCUGGCGAUCGCGGAGCGGAUAUCCGCUUCCCUGGACGAUACGAUAAGAAGAGAGACGCUUCAAUGAGCGGAGGGAACUAUGAUGAUCAAGGGAAGAGGCAGCACAACGAUCAACGCCAGUACAACUACCCUCGAGGCAACCGAUUCCCACGCCAAGACAAGUCCCACAUUCAGAUGCCUGGCUACAACCAGUGGAAUCGCAACAAUUCCCGCAACAAUAACAAUAAUAAUUACAAUAACAACAACAAUAAUUCUAAUAAUAGUAAUAACAACAACAACAACUCGAUGCAAAACCAGGGAGGAAACAACCGACGGAAAUAUUAG